AUGAAAGUCCGCUCGUCUGUGUUUGCCUCGUUUAUUCUCAUAUUUGAAGUUAUCGGUGUCGCCCUCUUCCUGAGGGGUUUCUUCCCUGUGCCUGUGAAGUCUUCCUUCUCCUCCAAGAGCAAGCUGUCGGACCAGCCGGCAGAGCCCCUGACAGGGGGCUCCCACAACUCCUCCCGGCCUCCCCAGCCCCUCUUCAAGCGGGUGGUCCUCAUGUUGGUGGACGCUCUGCGGGAGGACUUUGUGUUUGGACCCAAUGGGAGGAAGUACAUGCCGUACACCAGACACCUGGUGGAGAGGGGCUCCACACACAGUUUCGUGGCCAAAGCCAGAGCUCCCACAGUCACCAUGCCCAGGAUUAAGGCUCUUACCACUGGCAGUAUCCCAGGCUUCAUUGAUGUGGUAAUGAACCUAAAUUCCCCCGCACUGCUGGAAGACAACCUCAUUUGGCAGGCCAAAACAGCCGGGAAGAGGAUAGUCUUCUAUGGAGAUGACACCUGGGUGCGCCUCUUCCCCAAGCACUUCAUGGAGUAUGACGGCACGACCUCUUUCUUUGUAUCGGACUACACUGAGGUUGACAACAAUGUGACCCGUCACUUGGACAGCACCCUUAAGAGAGAUGACUGGGACAUUUUGAUCCUUCACUACCUGGGCCUUGACCAUAUCGGCCAUGUCAGUGGGCCCUACAGUUCACCCAUCCAGCCCAAACUGCUGGAGAUGGACGACAUCCUGAAGAAGAUCCACGGCUCCCUUAUUUCAAAGGAGGCAGAGGGAUCCUUGCCCUACCUGCUGGUGCUGUGUGGAGACCACGGGAUGUCGGAGACUGGCAGCCACGGAGGCUCGUCGGAGCCUGAAGUCAACACUCCCCUGGUGCUCCUCAGCCCCGCCUUCAGAAGGAAAGUGGGGAUGGAGCAGCCCGGUGUGGUGGAGCAGGUGGACCUGACUCCGACCCUGGCUCUGGGACUCGGCCUGCCCAUCUCUCAGAACAGCGUGGGUCGCGUCAUCCCGGGCGUCCUGGAGGAGAGCCCGCUCCGGGACCAGCUGCGUUUCCUGCACCUCAACGGCCAUCAGCUCAGCUGCCUGCUCAGAGACAGCAUACCAGAACAUGAGAAAGUGUCGGGCUUCGAGCAGUUCCGUGUGGCGGAGAAAUCCCACGGGAGUUGGGUGAAGCUGUACCUGGAGGGCAACACCUCUGAGGUGCUGACCAACAUGGGAAAAAAGGUCCUGAAGCAGUACCUGGAGGCCCUGGCUGCCAUGAGCUCUGCCCUCAGCAAGCAGCUGGGCAAGUACGACAUGUACUCCAUGAUCGCAGGCAUGGUCUUCGUGUUUCAGCUCCUGGUGGUCUUACUGCUGGCCAUGCCAGAAGCCUUGAGUGGUGCAGCAGAAGUGGACCUCCCAGUCCUCCCAGCGCUGCUCUCCUUGCCUUUCUACCUCUUGUGCCUGCUGCUCGCCUCAGUGCACGUCCUUGUGUGCACAUCUGCUGAGAGCUCCUGUUACUUCUGCAGCCUCUCCUGGGGUCUCGUGUUUGCUGCUGUUGCCUUCUCCUCAGCAAUGUUCUGUAUUCUGGUCUCUAUGGCAACAAGGCGACUUCCUCUGGGACCAAAGAUUCCCGGGAAGUCCCCGUCGAGGAGCAGCGGCAGUGAGUGGGCGCUGUCAGAGCUGGAUGUUUUGCUGCUGGCCGGCACAGCGGGCCACACUUUCAGCCUGGCGGCCAGCAGCUUCGUCGAGGAGGAGCACCAAACCUGGUACUUCCUGCUCAACACGCUCUGCCUCGCCGUCUUCCAGGAUGUCUGCCGCAAGUACUUCAGAGAGCGCAGCACCUCUGGGGAUGAGGAAGAGCACUUGCUCCCCUCCAAAGACUGUCACCCCUCUGUCCACCCGCAGGCGGAGGUUUGCUCAGAGAGGUGGCUAGCGCUAGCCACGCCGCCCUUGACUCUGGCCUGCUGCCGGCUGCUGCGCUCCCUCAACCAGACUGGGGUGCAGUGGGCCCAUCUUCCUGACAUGGGACACUGGCUGAACAGCUCCGAACACAAGAUGGUUCUGUCCCUGCUGGCUGCUCUCUCGCUGACUCUCAUCUACUUCCUGAUUCAAAGACGAUGUUCAUGGGUGUCCAAAAUCGCCUUGGCCCUCGGACUUCUGGGUGUUUACAGCUACCGGGCAGCGGUUGGCAAUGUCUUGUUUCCUUGGCAACAUGCUGGCCGAAAUGUGUCCAAGGGCACAGUGGAGGCACGCUUUGUUUACGUCUUUGUUUUGGGGAUCCUCUUCACGGGCACUAAGGACCUGUUGCGCUCCCAAAUCAUUACAGCAGAUGCCCGGCUGAAAAGCAGAGGCUUAUGGGAAAUUUACAGUGGCCUGGUUUUGUUGGUGUCAUUGUUAUUUCGAGCUCACAACCUGCCAGUCCUGUGCUGCUGCCUGCUGAUUCAGACCCUUAUGGCUCAGUUCAUCUGGAAGAAACUCCACUACGAUGCUGCCCAGACCACCAUCAUGCACUACUGGUUCGGUCAAGCCUUCUUCUACUUCCAGGGGAAUUCCAACAACAUCGGCACAGUUGACAUUUCAGUUGGCUUUGUUGGACUGGAAAGUUAUGUGGAAGCACCCGCCAUCUUCCUAACAGCCCUGAGCACCUACGCAGGGCCGCUGCUCUGGGCGUGUCACCUCAUCUGCUACCUCAGCUCAGAGACGGACAGGAGCCCGGUUGCAGUCGGCCAUGGCUGCUACUGCCUGGCCCUACUGAGGUCUGUGCCAGCGGCGGCUUACAUUGUGUUGGUAACGGUCCUGCGCUACCACCUCUUCAUAUGGAGCGUCUUCUCACCCAAACUGCUUUAUGAGUCCAUGCACACGCUGCUAACUGCUGGAGUCUGCCUCUUCUUUAGCACGAUGGAGCAAAGCCACAGCUCCAGCAAGUCCUAGGGAGCCAAAGACUGAGGAUCUUCCGUUACUAAAAACAGGCAAGGGCCCAACACAGCCUCUCGAUUACCAUGUGUACAAAAUACACUUUUCAGACAAAUAUCCACUACAAUAUGGUCACACUCUCUCUGCAGUACACUCUCCUCACUGAGUGCGAAUAGAUGCAUUUAUCUGAGAAAGUUCAUCCUCUGGACUCGUUGUAUAUUUACUGUGCAAAAAAAUAAUAAUAACUUCACAAUGCACUUAGUGUAAUAUUGUAUUUUUAUGAGCAGGUUUAUUUAAAUGUUUCCAAGAGGAAAGAAAUGAUUGUGGAUGAAUAAAUGUGAAAUGAUACAAAGAUGAUUUUUGACAAAGAGCAACUUUUUUUUUUUUCACCUGCUAAUAAAUUGCCUCAGGGACUAGUGUACAGUGAGCUGCCUCGGUGUUUGGAUGGCAAUAACACAACAUUUGAUGUUUUGGAUGAGACAGGAUGUAAUGACUGAGAUUAAAAUACACUCUUUCAACUUUAAUUUGAGGAUACUUUUACCCAAAUGUGCAGUUAAACAACUAGUCAAGUCAGUUUUAUUUGUAUAGCCCAGUAUCACAAAUUACAGAUUUGACUCAAGGGGCUUUACAGAAAUACAGCCUCCUCUGUCCUAAGACCCUCACAUCGGAUAAGGAACAACUCCCUUAAAACAACAACCAUGUAACGGGGAGAAAAAAAAAGGAAGAAACCUCAGGGAGAGCAAGAGGGGAGGGAACUGUGGUCUUCAUUGUUCAGUCUCCACAUUUCAGGGUGCAGAAAAAUAUGCUGAUGCAUUAGGAUUAUUUCAUAAAAUAGUUUUUCUCUAUAUGUUGUCAAAUAUAUUUACUGUACAAUGACUUCAAGAGAUCUGCAGUCCAUUUUCAUCCCUGCACUUUUUCUGCUGUCAUGUUCUCCUUUCAGCUCCCCCCCCCCCCCCCCCUUUGUGUGUCUCAGUGAGGAUUUAGCUGUGACUCUGGCACAAAAUUAGAAAGAGGCAGCGUGAAGUAAAUGCCCAGCAAAAUUAGUGUAAAUGAACAAGGUUCAGUUAUCUUGUCAGCUUUAAAUCAUGAUGCUCCUGCCACAGAGCUUAAAGCUCAUCAUGAAUACGUUUCUCCCUGCUGCACAUCUGAGUUCUGCAGAGGUCCGUAAAAAAAAAUCAUUAACACAAAGCUCCGAGAUAUAAAGCCAGUUUAAAAUCAGCACGCUCCCUCAUCACUGUUUUAAGAUGAACAUCAGCAGCUUCAAGUAUUUUUCCCCCUUGUUUGUUUGUCUCAUUUUCCCCAAAUAGUUCAAUAGAAGCUAUAAUAAGGAGAAAAAAUUACUGAAGUCAUUUAUGCCCACCUGCUGUGAAGCUCAGUUGCAGGAGCAUGAUAAUUCAGCGCUUGUUUGACUCCUCAAACCCUUGUUUACCUGCUCUCAUUCACCCAGCUGAAAGCUCAUAAAUAUACAUUGGAAUUUUGAAAAACAUAAAUUAUACAAUUUUGAGUAGUCUAGGGAUGGUUAUGGGUCGCAGAUCUCUACAUCUCAGCCUGUCAAUUCAAUAUGACUGAAAAUUCCCUCAAAGUAAAGCUGGCAAGUUAGCUGGCAGUCAUCCAAAGUAAUAAGAGUAUGGAGCCAAAAUAUCAAACAAUGUGUUGCCGGCCAAGUACUUAUUGAGCUCACUGUAUUAUUAUAGUAUCUAACUGAUUACUUUGACUCCAGGCAUUUUGACAGUAGAAUCAGGAAAUGGAAAUAUUCAUGCAGCAGUCACAACAAGACUCAUCAACCCAUCUGUGUCUCAAACUCAUGAGAUCGUCUCACCAAGUUCACACAUGUAAUCCAUAUCAUAAUGCUCUGAGAGACGUAUUACCGCCUGCACAGCGUAGCACUGUAAUAAAUUAUUGAAGUGAUCGAUUCAGGGGUGACAGCACCAAGCAAAAAUGGAGAUCUGUCCAGAAAAAAAAAGUUCAAAGAUUUUGGGUUAAAACUAGAAUAUGCAGCUUCUCUCGUUGAGGCAGUAAUGAGAAUUGUACGUUCCCAUCUCAUCACUUGUAACUCAUCCUGAUGAGCUGUCUACCUUGAAAUGGCAUCUAGCCUGAGGCUGAGGUAGCUGCCAUCCGUAAAGCCACCGCAGGCUUUGAAGAAAUCACACAGUGAAAAGGAAGAAUUAAAAAAAGCAAUGGCGACGCGCUCACCCUGUUUUUGAACAGGUCUUUUGCUGAUGCCAGGCGCUUCAAUGAGCUCUCUUGUCUUACCGCUCCCCGCCAUUGUCGUUGCGUGCGUCGUGGCUGCUAGCCUCACUUGAUUGACACAAUAAAGACACUAGACACUCCCACAGCAAACGGUCCACACCGAAAUGUCAUGAACAUCACGGAAAAGCCGACUUCAAGCAAACAAAGCUGUGAAAGCUGAUAACUUCACAGCCUACAAGUAUUUACCUCACAUUUGUGGCAGAGCACUAAUGUACUUACCACCGCAGCCUCCGAGCCAGGCGCAAAAAUUGUGGUUUGUAAAAUUAGUGCACUCACAGCCAUGAGCUGGCCUCACUGAUUAGAAAAGUGUGUGAACCCGUUCUAAAGUGACAGCAUAAACUGUCAAGUACCUUUCCUGUUUUCAUGUGAGGGCUCUCACAUGGGCUUGACAUGGACCUCCACAGAGCAGCUCAUGUGGCAGCAGCUCAUGGACUGGAGAGCAGGAUCUCCACCCCUCAUCCUGUCGCUGUCCCGUGUAUUCCACCGCCCAGAGCUGGCCCGAUAAUUCCACCCACAAAUCACAGUGAAAUAAUUCGUUCAGUCUGAUCUUCUACCACCAUAAUACUGCCAUGGCAGCUCAUGAACUAUGCAUAGGAGGAAGAUAAUAUGGGAGGAAAGCGCAUGAUAUAGCUACUACUUUAUUGUAAUGAUAGACGGGCCUUCCUUCUAUGACUGCAAUUCUUCAGGUGACUUUCAGGAUGGAUUGGCAUUCCACUCUGACAAACAAAAAUGAAUGUCAGCUUUUGCAGACGUCCCGGUAGUUUUUUCAAAGGUGAGGUGUUUGAUCAUUCCCGCUGCAUUGAUCAUUAGCUUCCAGGCACUAAAUUAAAAAAUGAUACUUUAUUUUAUGAGUUGUGUGGGGCCUAAGGAUAUUCAUGGCACUUUAGGUCACCGUAUAUGAUUGAAUCAGUGAAGUGAUGAUCUGUGAGAUUCUUGGUUUUCUUGAUUUCGGGGACUUACUCGAUGCCAAGUGCUCAUUCCUGCGCGGCAAUCAAACAGUGUGGGCAGGACUCUAGGUGGCGCUCUUUUCUUGGUCUGCUCAUGCUGAUAUAAAAUGUUAAAAGCUUCCUGUGCGCCAGAGGGUUUUACUGGAAAAGACUUGCCAGACACCGGGGGGCUUACUCAUAAAACUUAGCAGCAGGUUGAGUGUGACGUUAGACGCAGGUACGACCACAGCAGUGUGUUUUCUCGUUCAUUAGCAUGAAAUACUGGCUGCUUGUUAGUGUUAACAUUUUUCCAGCACUCCCGCCCCUUUUGAUCAUUUCGUAGUGUGAAAGCCGUUCAUACAAACACACCACAGGGCAAAGUUACUUUGUGUCUCAAGGCAGUAAUUAUCAUUAGUAACAAGUGGAAAUGUUUAAUAAAUAUGACUCGCACGUUGCCUUUGCAGCUAUUAAUUAGUGCCUGGCCGAUACGGGGAGAUCGCUGCCGAUUUUAAAAGUCACUGAUUACCGAUAUGGAAGCCUGUUAAGUGAAUUUUUGAACUGGAAUGAAAAUUGAUCUUUUCUAUGUGGAUUGUGCACCAAUAUUACUAUGCAGAGGUACUCAGAAGGCUGCUUUCUUAAACAAUUAACUUUAUUAAAGAAUAUUCAACAUUAUUAUAAAUUGGCAACUAAUUCUGGAAAUGAACAUUGAGAAGAUCAAAAAUAACCACACACACACACACACAUACACAUAUUGCUCAAAGCAUCUUUUUCUGCAUUAUUUUCUAUUAAGAGGAAGAAGGUUUUCGAAACAGUGCUUUUUGUUCAACAUAUAUAUGACAGCAGUAUAUCUGUGAUGGGCCAAUAUCGGCCGGCUGCUGUAUCUGUCAGGCACUACUAUUAAUUACCACUGUGAUUGUGGUUGGAAAAGCCAGGUAUGAUUCGUUUUACGUCCAAGAUUGCAAGUGCAGCGGUGGGACUGUGUGAUUCUGACUUGUCUCCUCAUACAAAGUUCUACAGGAGACAUUUUUGGUUUGCUGUGCCUUUCUGACACUCCCCUUCAGUCCAAUGCGCUGAGACACAGGCGCGGACAAGGUGUUAAAUAUGUGAACCUUAAUUAACAUCUUGGUUUUGAUUGGCUCUCGGCCGAGCUACAACUGAGGAUAACACAGCGCUGAGGUGGCUCCGUCACGGUAUUCACAGCUGUGGUAAACGUAUUAAUUAGGUAAAAUUACUGGAGCGCGGAUUUCGCAUGCCGCCAUUGUGUUUUCCGUUGAGUUUUAUGAAUGCGCCCCUGGGUGUUUAGAACAGCAAAUGGAAAAAAAGCUUUCAUGAAUUGUCAGUAGGUGGAAUUGCUAUAGCAAAACAGAAUUUAAUUUACAUGUACACAUCACAGAAUAUUACUUUAACGCACGAGGCAGAAUAUUGUCAAAUGUCCAUUACACCUGGAAUUACAGUAAAUAACUCGCUCGUGGGUUUUCUUGCUGUAUUAAACUUUAUCACCAAGUCCAGUCUGCUGUGGAAAAGGCAGGUUUGGUUCAGUAAGGGAUGUGCUGAGGCAUCGGUCCGUGAAAAAUUUGACUGGGACAAAAGCAACAGCGAGGCCAAAGCAAAUAUAGGGUCGAAGAGCAAGCAGGGGACACUGGCUGAGGUUACUGGGUAAUAGUCACUUUAACAAGCUCCCGUGAUACUGUUUGCAGCUCAUAGUGCUGUAAAAACUGAAUAUUGCCAAUGCUACCUGGUAUAUUUUAUGUACUGGGGAGAGUAGUUUCACUUAUGUUGAUUUAUGUGUGGUCUUCUCCCAAAACCUUUUCAUGGAUUGACCUGCAAAACCUCCCUGCACGACCGGAGCAACAUCAAGACUAAAAGCUUCACCUCACGAGUCUGGUGUGGCUACACUUUGUUUGCUACGGCCAACUUCUGAAACUGGGAGCUGGACUACGGUCUACCUGACUGAAAGAAUGUCAGAAUGUACUAAAGAAUGCUUUUAUAACUCCAUCGACAUAGAAAUAAGACAUUUCAGUAUCGUUUUCCAUGAGGUGUGCUAAAUUUCUUCGGUUACAAAGUUGAAUCAAUCAGCUCGGUGAACUUGUGUAUUUGUGUGAGAGUCUUGUUUCCACCACCAUGUCGGAGCCAGGUACAGCACAUACCUGAGGCCUGCGUGACUCAAGUGUUUAAAUAUGUAUUUAUUUUGUCGGAAUGCACCUGCAUUUUUUAUUCCAUAUGCCUCUCCUUUGGUGUUUUUUUUUUCCUUAAAGUAAUACUGAAACCUAACUGUUCUUUGUGUCUUUUUAUUUGUGUGUUUUGUUGUUUGGAAAAAUAUGUCAAAAACUAAAAGGAGUGUGUUUCAUCUCAAUGUUUUAAAGACCCCCUUCACUCAAAAAUGUGUUUUUCUGAUGUUCCUGUCCCCUAAAAUAUCUGACCUUUAUUAUUCUGACUGGUAUCAGUGCAACGUUUGUCACAAGAGAGGUGUUUUCAUACUCCUCUACUGAAGGUGGAGGUGUGUGUGCACAAGCCCCUAAAAUCUGAGAUUCAGACGUACCCCGGGCUCACUAGAGUUGGUCCUUCACAAAUCCUGCAGCCGGUCCUGUCAGCUGACACGCUGCUGCUUUGCGUAUCAUUAGCAGCAGCUCCACCGGUCAUGCUGCUGGUGCUGGACUGCUAGUCAUGUUUUGUUUAUAAAAAAAAUAAAAUAAAAUAAACUGCAAGUGGCUGCUUCACAUGAAAAAUGUUAGUGUAACUAAGAGAUUUGCUGAAAAAAAAUCUUUUGUACAUGGUCAGAUUAUCAAAUAUGGAACAAUGUUGACGCCUGUAGCAGAGCAGCACCUCAUUCUGUGGACAGAGCUUCGGUUACGAGCUGGUGUGGGGGCUUUUUGCAUAUUCAUACAUUUGCACAUUUUUUAAGGAACAAUGGGAUUUUAGGAUGUUUUUUUUUUUUUUUUUUUUUUUUUUUUUUUUUACUAUUGAUGAGCAGAGAUUAUGUUUAGGGGCUUAAUAAAUGACUGGAGGGGGACUUUAAAAUUGCAAAUUUAGCUCCUGCUCAUUAUUUGUGUAUUUAAUAGUAACUAUGCAAUCCAGCUAGUGUAUUUGUAUAUAUUUGUUUGCCUCCGUUAUCCUUUUUUGUGUGGAGUGUUUUAAAUUAAUGAAUUUAGAGCUGAAAUUAAAAUAAGGGGUUUUCUUUUUUUUCCUUUUUGUACCUACCUUUAUCUAAUUUAUAUAUCAUUCAUUUCUUCUCUGAAUGAGUUUUGCUUUUGAUUGCUUUUUCUUACCACAAAUCUGCAACAAAUGUGAUACAAAAGCUGGGUGACUGAUGACUGUUGACCAAAACAUUUUUAAUCAAGAAUCAUUCUUUUAAAACGAUUAAUUUAAUUCAUUUCUGUCCCUGAAAUUGAAAUAAAUUCUUUUACUUUGCUGUAUAAA